AUUUCUCAAUUCUAUCAGGAGACGUCCGGCUCGCAAAUGAGCGAAACAAAAGAAACCGAUAACAAUCUCAAUGAACAGUCUUCUAAUGUUCCUGUUCCUGCAGAUCCUCUGCAGCCCGAAGUUAAAAAAGAUGAUAAACAAGAGAGUGAGAUGAAAACUGCGAAGGAAAACUCUCAAUCUUCGAAGAGAAAGGGAAAAAGUUCCAAGAAAUCGUCAAGCAGCAAGAAAACUCGAUCGCGUCUUUCAAUUCGUCGCACUCUCCGAGAUGAUCCCAACAAAGAGAUGAAAGCCACACUGCUGACAUUUCAAGCCAUUCGAAAUAAAGGCGAUCAAGCUCGUGUUCAACUCCUUCUCUGCAACAUUUCUGACCGUGACAUAUUCGUCAAGCUCCGUUGCAGCGCGGCGUCAAACAUCACAGCUCUUCCAGCAGGAUCAGGACACAUUGCACCGAAAUCCCAAAUGCGCAUUCUUCUCACUUGGCAGAAGCCAGAUGGUGUCACUCAGUGGAGCGAACUUGGUACGCCUAAGCUUCUGCUGACAACUUAUUUCAUGCAUCAAGGAAUGAAAGCGGCUGAUGAGGCACCAACUAACACGCGUCUAAUGGCUCGUGUGAGCACCUCGAAGCAGUGCGAUGCUGAUGCUCCACCAAUUGAGCAACUUCUUCUUGAUGCUGUCGGCAAAGAUUUGGGUGUUACUCCAGCUUCAACAACCAGUCCAAACACUGCUGUUACACAGGCUAUGACACCGACUGAGCAAACACCAGCGAUGAAAACUGUGAAGCAAGAUGAGCAUGCCGAGGAGGAAGUUGACAAUUUGAGAUGGAUUAUUAUCGCCCUGGUCUUGGUCAUUGUCUUGCUUUUGCUUCAGAAAUAGUGUAACUUUCGAAUUGAAUGAAAUGUUUUUCACUAAA